AUGGCCGCGCCUCGGCGUCGGCGCCGCGCCUCCGGCUGUCCCGGUCGGCGCCCCGGCCCGGCCUCGCGGCUCAGCGCUCUCAGGCCCGGGAGGGGCGGCCGCUGCGGCGGCGGCUGCUGGGACGGGGCGCCGCGCACCCGCGCGGAGGGAGGCCGGCGAGGCGGGGGCUGGCCGGGGGCCGGAACCGCGGACGGACGGGGGCCGCCAGCCGCACGCCGGCCUCGCCGCUCCGCCCCCUUCGGAGCCUCCAAGCCGCUGCCCGGCAACGCGCGGGCCCGGGCGCGGGCAGGCGAGCACCACCUCCCGGCCGGCCGGGCUCCUGCCUGCGGGGCUGCCGGCGGCAGGCGCGGGGCGCGGGCGCACGGGGGCUGCACGGCGCGGGGUCAGAGCCCGGCCCGCCCCCGGGAUCCGCCUCCUGGGAGGGGACGCGCGGGACGCUGGAGGCCUGGGCCCGGCCGGCGGCCGGCGCCGCCGCAACCCGCGCGGAACACCGGGUCCGACGCCCAGAUGGCCCGGCGCGUCCCGCCCCCGGGGGCGCUCGCAGGGAGGGAGGCCCACGAGGAGGGGUCAGAGCCGGAAAACCUGGCCGGCGCGAACGUGACGGGCUUCUCGCUCCUCCUCUGGCUCGAGUCUGUGCGGGGCAGCAGGUGUGAGUGGGGCGCCUGCGUUGGUAGGACAGCCUUCGGGGACAAAGCGAGGGAAAGGUCGGGCUCCCUUCCCAGGAGCUCGACGCGCAGUAGAGGAGGCGAGAAAAGGCGCACACAGCUCUACCCAUCCUGUCUCCCGUCUAGAGGUCUUGCCUCCUGUCCAGGUCAUUGCGAAACGAACAUACAGGAUGCUCUGAGUUUGGGAAACCCGCAAACCGCGCACGUAGUAGGCCUGCAGAAGGCGCCUGCAGAAUCGAAUUGA